GUUUGUCGCGCCUCGAAUUCGGGUUUUGGGGCAUGACAGAAUUAGUGGUAUCAGAGCUAGGUUGAAAUUAAGAGCUUAGAUUUGAAUUAAGAGUUUAUGAUUAAAUUAAGCACCUCCAAAUUGAGUGGCAUAAGAGCAGAUUGAGUGGUAUCGGAGCUUAGAUUUAAUAAAAUACCCAGGUUUAAUUAAAUACCUAGGAUUUGUUUUGGACUUGGCUAGCCAGUGGAUUUUAGAACCGUGGUGAGAUAAGUGAUGGGGUUAUAUAAGAGACGAUUUUAAUUCAUGUUGCCUGAAAUUUUCUAAUCCAUUUUGAUGAGAUGGUGAUCUGAUUGUUCUUGUUUCCUACCUUCGUACCUGUAGAUUCUUGAAAUUAACCUUGACCGCCAUGUUCUUAAGACCUUGUUUUGGAACUUGGUCUUUCGAAUAGUUUGCACUUGUUUAGACUUGUUACUUGAAUAGAAUUUUUAUAUGCUCUUUUGCCACAACUGUAAAAUCUAGGGAGUUGUAGAGAUCUUUUGUGAUGGAUCCUAUUGGUCUCUACAGCAUAAUUGGUUGAGAAAUUUGUUCUGUUUGUCACAUGACCAGUGGAAGAUGGGCAACGCUCUACUUUGUAAGAGAUUCAAGGCUAUUUUAGCAAAAGUAGUGUUAAAGUUUCACUUUUUCCAAUUGGAGCUUCAUGGUCCUUUCAUGUGGCUCAUUUUUCUAUAUUGGUUAAUCAAAAACAAUGAUCAAUUCAAUUGAAAUUGCCAUGUUUUUGUGAAGAUUAGCAAGUUGUCAUAAAGUUAAACUCUCUAUUGUUGCUAAUCUCUAUAUUCUUAAUGCCUGAAAUUGCUUGAAACUCCUAAAAUCCGUCUUGAAUCUUUCUUGAGAUUGCCUUGUGCUUGUUCUUGAAACUAAAAUCCAAAGGAAAUAGAUAAUGAUUAUUGAAAUCCUCAUUAUCUUGAUACUUGUCUGAAACUAUUUCUUGAAACUAUUUCUGGCAUUGUGCUUGGAAUCGGUUUGUAAACCUUGCUUGAAAUUAAUUCUUGUUGGAAUUCUACUCUUGAAAAUCGACUGAUAUUGUUCUUGAAAUCUAUUCUUGAAAAUCAAUUGAUAUUUUGGUUUUUGGAAUCUAUUUUGAAUUGUCCUUGAAAACCAUUCUUGUCUUGACUCUUGACUCUUGCUGUUGUUCAAAUUCUGUAUACUGCUCUUGUUUGAAUUCUGUAUACUGCUUUUGCUUGAUCUUGCAUAUUCUGCUAGUUCUUGUUUCAGUCUACCUAUUGAUCUUCUUGAUUUUUGAUUUUGUUCUUAUGGACACCUCUUAAGAGGGGUGACAAAAUACCUAUAUGAGGCAUCCUCAUUCUUGUCUCUUGCAAGUGUUAAUCUUUGUAUCCUUGAUGUGUUAGCUUUGACUUGACUCUAGGAUGUCUAGGAUGACUUGAUUGUAAAUCUGCUUACCCUCCAUGGGCUACUAGGUGAAGGGGUAGUUUUUGAAACACUUGAUGUCCUAGAGUUUUGUUUCAACUGAAAUGGUUCUUUUAUUUGACUGCUUAGAUUUUUGUUUGCCCUUUUAAUUAGAAGACAUGAAUCUUCUAAGCAUCUUGAUCCCAGCCAUUGUUUUGUUCUGUUAAUUAAUUCUAGUACUUGAGGUGCUAGAUCUUGACUCCUGAUUAUAUCUGCUGUUGAAUCCUUGUUCUGGUUGUCAUUAUUGAAAUCUCUUUU